AACAAAGACGCUGUUGGAUUUGAGGAUUAGACAACCGAGAAACAGAUCCUUCGUGUCCUCAUCCUCCGAACGAAAUCCAGUUUCCACGCUCCCUCUUCUCCUCGCCCCUUCUCCUUCUCCUCUUCGAAUCGAGGAAAGCGCUGUAAAUCUCUGAAAUCUUGACGCCAAUACCAUAGAUUUGUGAUCAUCAACGCGGAAUAGCUGUUCUUCGCCAUUGGUUUUGGUCUCCCGAUCCGUCUGAGUUCCGGGUAGGGCACCGAGGGUUCGUUUCCGGCUUGCUCUCAGAUUCUUGGUUUCUUUUUGAUUUGUUCUUGAAGGUAUGCAGAGUCAACUUGUGUGCAACGGCUGUAGGAGUGUUCUUCUUUAUCCGAGGGGAGCUACGAAUGUCUGUUGUGCAAUAUGCAAUACCAUAACACAUGUGCCUCCACCAGCAACGGAGAUGUCCCAGCUAUAUUGCGGAGGCUGCCGAACACUGUUGAUGUACGCUCGUGGUGCUACCAGCGUUAGAUGUUCUUGCUGUAAUACCAUAAAUGUUGCAAGAUCAUCAGGAGGAAGUCCGGUUGCUCACGUGAACUGUGGACAGUGUCGCACAACUUUGAUGUAUCCUUCUGGCGCACCUUCUGUCAAGUGUGCAGUAUGCCACUAUGUUACAAAUGUUGGGAUGAAUACCGCGAGGGUACCAAUCCCUGUAAACAGGCCUAAUGGAUUGACAACUAUGCCACCAUCAACUUCAGCUCCGCCAACACACAGCCAAAGCCAGACAGUAGUUGUUGAGAAUCCAAUGUCAGUGGAUGAAAAGGGGAAACUGGUGACCAAUGUGGUUGUCGGAGUCACCACGGAGAAAAAAUGACAUCAGGCUUACCCAAAUGCCCCCUCAAGGAAAUUACUGUAAAUGUGGAUUUGGUGAUUACUAGUUUUAUUAUUUCAUUUUAUGAAACUUGUCUACAUGCUAGAACAAUUGAGCACAUACACAUUAAAAACAAAAACGAUGAGUGUCUUUUAAUUGGAUGCGGAAUUCGACAACGGGUUUUUCCCUUGUCAAAUACCUGCAGUAUCAGAAGAAGUUUGUGGAUUACCAUAAAAUGUGUGCUCCAUCAAAGCGAAAAAAGGUUCAUCCACAACAUGACUUUUUUGGUGAAAUCUUGUCACCUUUGUGUUUGGUAUGCUUGUAAUUUGUUAUCGAUUUAUCAAAGACAAAUGAAUAUUGGUCUGUUAAAAGUACAACAUGUUUUUGUUGUAAGUUUGGAAUGAACUUACCUGGCAAUGCAUUGUUGUAUGAUAAGCUAAAGGACAUGAGUUCUUUUCA